GUUCACUUGGGCGAGGCCGUGGUUCGUUGAACCUUGCCGCUGCCUACAGUGCCGGUGCCACCACUGCGUUUCUGCAGCGGUACCAUGCGGACCUGGAAAGGCUUGCUGCCCGACCGGACUUGCCUGGCGAGGCCCGCUGGUUCGACUCGCACUGCCACCUGGAGAGCAUCUUGCAGCGCACGUGGCGGGGCGGCGGCAAGCCCCAAGUGUUGCAGAACGAGCCCCAGGUCACGCUCCCGGAGCUGGUGAUGCUCUGGCCAAAAGGCCUUGAUGGCUGCGUAGCCAAUUUUGUGUUCAGGAAGGAGAGCAAACCAGGCUUCACCCCUGAGUGGGAGUGGAUCGCCCAACACCUGUCUCACUUUGAGCAGGGUGGUCCCGUCAGCGACAAGCUGUGGUUCACCAUCGGCCUUCAUCCACACAAUGCUGCGGGUUGGGACGCGUAUGCGGAGAAGAUCGUCCGGCACUUUGCUGCCCAUCCGAAGUGUGUAGGCGUUGGUGAAUGUGGGUUGGAUUUCUUCAAGCACGACCCGAGCGAGGAGGAGAUCCAGCUGAGAGCCUUUCGGGCACAGGCGGAGCUUGCGGUGGAGCUGGGCAAGGCGCUUGUCGUCCAUGCACGGCUCGUGACCCGGGAGAAUGAGACCCGAUUCCUGAGUGAGCUCAAAAGGGUGAUUCCCCAGCACCACCCGAUUCACAUACACUGCUUCGGCGAUUCCUUGGAGCAUGCGCAGGAGCUGAUCAGCCACUACCCAAGGCUCCGCAUCGGCUUCACGGGUGCUAUCACCUUCUCGGACCCGCCAGGCAAGGGCAAGGGCAAGCGCAAGGGCAAUGAAGCCAAGAAGGGCCAGGAGCACUGCCGAGAGCUCAUUCAAGGGCUGCCGCUGGAUCGGCUGCUAAUCGAGACAGACGGCCCUUACAUGUGCCCGGAGCCCUUCCGCGGACAGACGGCCCAUCCCGGCCACGUUCACCGAGUGGCUGAAAGGAUCGCGGAGUGGCAGAAUGUUAGUUUGGGCGCAGUGAUGGCUGCAACCUGGCAGAGCACCGUGGAAGUCUACGGCCUGACUCGCUAA